AUGGCGAAAAUUCCUCUUGCAGAUAAAUUAAAGGCACAGACAGUUUUUGAAAAACUGCCUAAUGUUCCUCGUGAAAAAAAGGAGAUCAACAAACCUUACACAAAUUCAUACAACUUCAAUAGAAACUUCAUGAAUCAGUGGACAAACGCUGCCUCCAAUGGCGGCGUUUAUCCUUCGUUCAGUGAUUCCAUGCGCUAUAUGUACAACUUGCAGAUGUAUGAUAAGGCGAACGGAACGAGCCACGCUAAUGAGUUCGGAAGUAUUCUUGCAUCAAAUAUGCGAAAUCCGAACAAUAGUAUGUACAAUCCGUAUUAUGUGGGCGGUACUAACAAUACCAUCCGCGAUAAUCUUGCUUCGCUCGGCUUUGAAGUGCCUGAAAACAUUACCAAAGACUAUAUCGAUGCGCUUGAUAAGUACGUUGAUUAUAGCGCUGUAUCUUACGGCAUCAACAAUGCGCCCAACGGAACCGGAAAUGCUAAUCAGAAGUUGGCGUAUAAUAUCUAUCAGCUCCGCAAGGAUGAAGCCGAUACGGUGAAAGCGGAAGAAGAACUAUCCAGCUUGCAGAACUAUAUUAAACUGUGGGUGAAGCAGGGCUAUUCCGACAACGAUAUUCGCAAUAAGGCCGCUAUGCUCGUUGGAAAUGAUAGCGGUUUCUCCACUCUUAAAAAGAUGGACGAAAACCUUGCGAACAGAACGCCCGUUUCUCUGAAUCGUUCUGUAAAAUACAGCGCUGACAGUAUCAAUGGCUUUAUCUGGAACGCUCGUAAUAACGCAAAUGACGUGAAUCUUGAUUCUGCCAUCAUGAAUUAUUCUGUUGGAUAUGGCAAUAUUUACCAUAUGAACUCCAAGAGUGAAGCUGCUCUUGAUCCCACCAACAGGGAAACGUAUAACCCGUAUGGGCACGGAUACGCUGUAGGUUCUGCGGCAAAUCUCGCUGUAAAGUAUGGUGUUGAUAAGUUCGAUAGAAAGUGGCUUGAAACGAAUUCCAGCCUUUUGAAAGGCACAGACAAACAGCGCAAUGAUUAUCUCAACGCGCAGACUUAUGUGGAAAUGUCCGAACAGGCAGAGGCAGAGCUUACCAAGCUGAAAGAGUGGGCGAAGGACAGAAUUUCCAAAGGCGCUGACCCGGACAACGUUUACAAUGAGCUUAUCAGCUAUGAGUAUGACCCGUUCACGCAAAAGUAUUCCGAGAAGUCCAAGCUGGAUACGGAAUAUCCCACGCUUGCUAAGAUGGAAAAAGCCCGUUCCAUUGGCGAUUAUGAGGAUAUGGCGACCUUGCGAACGGUAUUGCCGAAGAAGAUGAGAAGGAAGAAAAAAAAGAUUUCUGCUCCUUCUGACAAGCGUUCUGAAAUUCCAGCAAAAGAAUCUGCUCCUUCUGCCAAAGAGCCUGUAAGACCGUAUUUUGAGGGCGUUGAUGUAAUUUCUUCUGCUGAUGCUGGAUACGGUGAAAGCUCUGGUGGCAUGAGCUCUGGAAGUUCUGGAAGUAGAAGUUCCGGAAGCUAUGCAAGAGGAAACAGCGGAGCAACCAUUGCAGACGAACCCUAUUUCUCUAUCCCUCAGUAUGAGAAGAUGGGCGUGAAAGACAAGGCUGGUUUUGUUGAUGAUGUGAUGGCGUUGCUGAAUGGCAGGAACACCGAAGAUGUAUCCGAAGAAGCAAGGAACUUCUAUGAGAAGUAUGGCGUUCUUUUUGAGGGCGAACGUAGCUAUACCGCAACCGAUUACGGAACAAAAGCCGAAAUUACUUAUGAUGCUCGUAAAGAGGAUACGGUAAAAAAUACUUAUAUCGGCGGCGAGUAUAUUUCUGGCACGAAAUUGAAGGAAGAUUACAUUGGCGAUACCAUGUAUUCCGCGCUUUCGACUGCCGAGGAUGCGCUUUCCGAUGGCAAAAAUGUCCAUGCGCGAUUUCGUUAA